AUGGCUGCCAACGCCAGAUACGAACCUGCCCCCCAGAGGGACUCCUUGGAGGACCACCCCUUCACCCAGGCCCCACCGUCUUAUCAGGCAACCGCGAGCAACGAUGCGCCUCGCAGCGAGGACGACAACGUUCCCGAUGAUUUCAAAUUCGGCGGUACCGUUGCGGAGGGCACCCUGCCUAUCCGUAUGCAGUUCAUCCGCAAGGUCUAUGCGAUCCUAACCGUCCAGCUCCUCCUCACAACAAUCAUGAGCUCCAUCUCCUUCUUCAGCGACAGCUACCGCCUCUGGAUCCAGUCCAACUUCUGGCUGAUGAUUGUCUCGGUCUUCGGCGCCCUCGGCUUCAUGCUCGUCACCUACUGGAAGCGCAAGAGUUAUCCGGCCAACCUCCUCUUCCUCGGCGGCUUCACCCUGCUUGAAGCCUACUCCGUCAGCGUGGUGACCUCCUUCUACGACGCGCGCAUCGUCAUCCAGGCCCUCGUUCUCACCCUCGGCAUCUUCGUCGCCCUCACCUUGUUCGCCUGCCAGACCAAGUACGACUUCACCCACUGGAUGCCCUACCUCUUCGGCGGGCUGUGGUUCCUCAUCCUCUUCGGCUUCAUGGCCGCCUUCUUCCCGCGCAACAGCACCGCGGAGCUUAUCUAUGGCGGUCUGGGAGCGCUCAUCUUCUCGGCAUACAUCCUCGUUGGUACACAGCUCGUGAUGCGCCACUACCACGUCGAGGAGGAGAUUGCGGCUGCCAUCUCCCUCUAUCUGGACAUCCUCAACUUGUUCCUUGCUAUCCUGCGGAUCCUCAACAAUCAGAACAGCCAGUAA